GCGCCGCAGUCGGAAGCAGCGAGACCGGAAGCAGCGAGACGCGCGGCGGCACGAGCGGCUCCCGCGGCGCCAGCGACCCCUGGAGGCUCCCAGCAGCGCUGCAGCGCGUGGUCGCAGCCUGGGUCAGUCCCCCGCGCCUGGAGAAAAGGGAAGGAGGGUCGGCCCUGAGCGGACGCCAUGUCUCAAGCCGAGUUUGAGAAGGUGGCGGCUAUGGUCCUGCAGAUGAAGAUCAAGGUCACCGAUCAAGAGCUGCUGGAGAUUUACAGUCUCUACAAACAAGCCACCAUCGGCGACGUCAACAUCUCCUGUCCCUGCGCGGUGGAUGUCAAAGGCAAGGCCAAAUGGGAGGCCUGGAACGGGCGCAAAGGGAUGAGCAAGGAAGACGCCAGGAAGAAUUACAUAACCCGAGUCCAAGAGCUCAAGAACAAGUACGGCGCGUAAAUCAGAGCGCGUGCUGGGGUCUGGUCCCCCCAGCAUGGGUCACUUCAUCCCCUCGUAUGCUUCCUCUUUGCCCUCCCCUUCCUUUUGACCAGUCGUGCAUCUGCCAGGCCAAUAAAACUGCCUUC